CACGCGUGGAGGCAGGCAGGCAGGGGGUGAGGAGGGUGAGGAGGAGGAGGAGGAGGAGGAGGACUUCAUUUACGGUGGGUGUGAGGAUCCACAUCUCAGGUGACCGGAGGACGCAGACCGAGAGGACUGCGGCGGAGGAACGGACGCAGACAUGGAGGAGAAGAACGAGAUGGAAAUGCUGUCUUCAGCCAAACCCGAACAAAACGGAGAUUUAAGAGAAAAUGAGGAUGACGACGACUUGAAAGGAAAGAAGAAGAAGAAGAAGAAAGAAGAGAAGAUACCGAUGGUCGGACCCAUAGCCGUGUUCAGGUUUUCGGACAACUUGGACACGCUCAUGAUCCUGGUCGGGACGUUGAUGGCGAUGGUCAACGGCGUGGUGCUUCCUCUCAUGUGCAUCGUGUUCGGAGACAUGACGGACAGCUUCAUCUCGGACUCUGCAGCCGGCCUCGGCAACAUCACCUUACCCCCCAAUUUCACAGACUUUUACGCAAACAGCACCUUACAAGAGGAAAUGACAACCUUUGCCAUCUACUACUCCAUCAUGGGAGCUGUGGUCCUGGUUGCCGCCUACCUGCAGGUGUCCUUGUGGACGCUGGCGGCCGGUCGGCAGGUCAAACGGAUCCGCACCUUGUUCUUCCACCGAAUCAUGCAGCAGGACAUCGGCUGGUUUGAUGUCAAUGAGACGGGAGAGCUGAACACUCGACUCACAGAUGACAUCUAUAAGAUCCAGGAGGGCAUCGGAGACAAGACUGGGAUGCUGAUUCAAGGCUUCACCACCUUCAUCGCGUCCUUCGUCAUCGGCUUCACCAAAGGCUGGAAGCUGACCCUGGUCAUCCUGGCUGUGAGUCCUGCUCUGGGCAUCUCUGCUGCGCUCUUCAGUAAGGUGCUGACGAGCUUCACAUCCAAAGAGCAGACAGCUUAUGCCAAAGCUGGAGCAGUAGCAGAAGAGGUGCUUUCUUCCAUCAGGACAGUUUUUGCCUUUAGUGGUCAAGAGAAAGAGAUCGACAGGUAUCACAAGAACCUGGAGGACGCUAAGCAGAUGGGGGUGAAGAAGGCGAUCUCUGCUAACAUCGCUAUGGGCUUCACCUUCCUGAUGAUCUACCUGUCCUACGCUCUGGCUUUCUGGUACGGCAGCACGCUCAUCCUGAAGGGGGAGUACACCAUCGGAUCUGUGCUCACCGUGUUUUUCGUUGUGCUAAUCGGAGCUUUCACAUUGGGACAGACGUCUCCAAACAUCCAGACGUUUGCCAGCGCCCGAGGAGCUGCACAUAAAGUGUACGCCAUCAUCGACCAUAAUCCAACCAUAGACAGCUAUUCAGAAACUGGCUUCAAGCCUGACUUCAUCAGAGGAGACAUAGAGUUCAAGAACAUCAACUUCACCUACCCCUCGAGGCCGGACGUCCAGAUAUUACAUAACUUGAGUCUGGAUGUGAAGAGUGGACAGACCAUCGCCUUAGUGGGCAGCAGCGGUUGCGGUAAAAGUACCACGAUCCAGCUGCUGCAGAGGUUCUACGAUCCUCAGGAAGGAGCUGUGUUCAUUGACGGUCAUGAUAUCCGCUCUUUGAACGUUCGCUACCUGAGGGAGAUGAUCGGGGUGGUGAGUCAGGAGCCCAUCCUCUUUGCCACCACCAUCACCGAGAACAUCAGAUAUGGCCGACCUGACGUGACGCAGCAGGAGAUCGAACAGGCCACCAAGGAAGCCAACGCCUACGAUUUCAUCAUGAAACUCCCCGAUAAGUUUGAGACGCUGGUAGGAGAUCGAGGAACUCAGAUGAGCGGAGGACAGAAGCAGAGGAUUGCCAUCGCUCGAGCUUUAGUCCGAAACCCUAAAAUCCUUCUGCUGGACGAAGCCACGUCUGCUCUUGACGCUGAGAGUGAAACUGUUGUACAAGCUGCACUGGAUAAGGUCCAACAGGGCCGCACCACCAUCAUCGUGGCUCAUCGCCUCUCAACCAUCAGAAACGCUGACGUGAUCGCCGGCUUCCAGAAAGGUGAAGUUGUCGAGUUGGGGACUCACAGCGAGCUGAUGGAAAAUAAAGGCGUCUACCACACACUGGUCACCAUGCAGACAUUUCAGAAAGCCGAUGAGGACGAGGAAGAUGAGGAUGAGGGAUCUGCAGAUGAGAAGAGCCCAUUAACAAAGCAAUUUUCCAAUUCUUCAGUGCGACGGAGGAAAUCCACGAGAGGUUCAUCAGUCACUGCCUCUGAGGGGGGGAAAGAGGAGAAAGAAAAGUUAACGGAAAAGACAGAAGAGGAUGAAAACAUUCCUGGAGCGUCCUUCUUCAAAGUCAUGGCUCUGAACGUCUCUGAGUGGCCUUUUAUUCUGGUGGGAACCAUCUGUGCCAUCAUCAACGGCGUCAUUCAGCCUCUGUUCGCUGUUCUCUUCUCAAGGAUCAUCACCGUGUUUGCAAACCCGGAUCACGAAGUGGUCAGGGAACGAUCCAAUUUCUUCUCGCUCAUGUUUGUUGCUAUCGGGGCUGUGUCCUUCAUCACCAUGUUUCUGCAGGGUUUCUGUUUUGGUAAAUCUGGAGAAGUUCUCACCCUGAAACUGAGACUCAGUGCCUUUAAAGCCAUGAUGAGACAGGACCUCGGCUGGUUCGAUGACCCUAAAAACAGUGUUGGAGCUUUGACUACCAGACUGGCCACUGAUGCAGCUCAAGUACAAGGGGCUGCAGGAGUUCGUAUGGCGACGCUGGCGCAGAACUUCGCCAACCUGGGCGGUGGUCUGAUUCUGGGCCUGGUGUACGGUUGGGAGCUGACGCUGCUCCUGCUGGCUGUGGUUCCCGUCAUCGCGCUAGCCGGAGCUCUGGAGAUGAAGGCGCUUGCCGGACACGCUGCCAAAGACAAGAAGGAGCUGGAGAAGGCCGGAAAGAUUGCUACAGAGGCCAUCGAAAAUAUCCGGACUGUGGCGUCUCUUACAAGAGAACCCAAGUUUGAGUCUUUGUAUCAGGAGAACCUCCAUGUGCCGUACAAGAACGCCAAGAAAAAGGCCCACAUAUACGGCUUCACCUACGCCUUCUCCCAGGCCAUGAUCUACUUCGCCUACGCCGGCUGCUUCCGCUUCGGCGCUUGGCUGAUUUUUGCAGGAAGGAUGGACGCUCAGGGUGUUUUCCUCGUGAUCUCGGCCAUCCUGUUCGGUGCCAUGGCCGUCGGAGAGGCCAACUCCUUCGCUCCCAACUAUGCCAAGGCCAAGAUGUCUGCCGCCCACCUCAUAAUGCUGAUAAACAAAGAGCCCGCCAUCGAUAAUCUCUCACAUGAGGGAGAGUCACCGGACAAAUUCGACGGUAACGUGAGCUUCGAGUCAGUGAAGUUCAACUACCCGUCGCGGCCGGAUGUUCCCAUCCUGAGAGGCCUGAACCUGAAGGUGAAGAAGGGGGAAACGCUGGCGCUGGUGGGCAGCAGCGGCUGUGGGAAGAGCACCACCAUCCAGCUGCUGGAGAGGUUCUACGACCCGCUGGAGGGCAGCGUGAUGCUGGACAACAUGAACGCCAAACAGCUGAACAUCCACUGGCUCAGAUCUCACAUCGGCAUCGUCUCCCAGGAGCCCAUCCUGUUCGACUGCACUUUAGCCGAAAACAUCGCCUACGGAGACAACAGCCGGAAAGUAACCAUGGAGGAGAUCGAGGCGGCUGCCAAGUCAGCCAACAUUCACAGCUUCAUAGAAGAGCUGCCACAGAAGUACAACACCCAGGCAGGCGAUAAGGGCACCCAGCUGUCAGGAGGCCAGAAGCAGCGGAUCGCCAUCGCCCGAGCUAUCCUCCGCAACCCCACAGUGCUGCUGCUGGACGAGGCCACGUCUGCACUCGACACCGAGAGCGAGAAGGUGGUGCAGGACGCUCUGGAUCAGGCCAGCAAAGGCCGGACGUGCAUCAUCGUGGCCCACCGUCUGUCCACCAUCCAGAACGCCGACCGGAUCGCCGUCUUCCAGGGCGGCGUGGUGGUAGAACAGGGCACCCACCAACAGCUGCUGGCCAAGAAGGGAGUCUACUACAUGCUGGUCACCACACAGAUGAGCCACAGUCCACAAUGACCAGUUUAGAUCUGCACCUUUAAAGCACUUACCGUCGUCGCCUCCCUGCUGCUUCGUCUGAGCAGCGUCUGUGGGGAUUUACUGACUGUGUUCUGUGGGUAGAAAGUCUGAGCUGCUGUCACCUCUAUGGGCAUUUUUCACCAAACGUAUGAGAGUAAGAAACUGCUGCAGGUGUAAAUUAUAAACCAUGAUGUUGUUUGCUUUUCCUGCAACCCUCGUCUUUUCUAUCGGCUCACAGUUUUGUAAACGGGAACACAUUCUAGACAGCUUAAAGUCUGUAAACUGCUGUUUCCUCCCACCUCGCUGUAGCACCGACUCCUUCACGGGACUCUCUAAAAAGCUGGAUUUCCUCCUAAAAUGUCUCUUUCUCCGUCCUCGAAGGCUUUCAGCUCUACGUCUGACUUGUUAUCAUAAAGAAAUGCUUUGUUUAAUAAACUCGUUGCCUUGUUUUGUUCGCUGAGGGCAGAGCUGCUCGAUACAGAAUUAGCUGUUGGUUCCUGCUGCCACCUGGUGUUAAGUCACCAGGCAGCAAUUAAGCCUCAAAUUGUUCAUAUUGAUGCCAAAUUUAGAUUUUUUUUGGGUGAAUUUUUACUUCAGCAACAAGUUUCUUCUGGGUUUAAAUGACAUAAACAUGUGAAAAAACACAGUAAAGCAUCAGGAAUUCUUAAUAAAAAUGUAAAUAAAGCAUAGAGUUCAAAUUAACCUCUAACAGAAUGUUUUACUGUGUUUUGUCAUUUGUUUAUGACAUUUCCAGCCAGAAGAAACCGGCUAUAAAUAAUUUGGGGCUUAUGAAUAGGAAAUAAACUGUGAUCAAAGCUAACAAUACAUUUGAAGUAUGUCUCUUAACACUGGAAUCAUCACAGAUUAUUUAGGUUCUGUAGAAAAUGCGUUAAUAUUUGCUUUACUAGCUGCUGUGAUUCAGUUCUUAGAAAGUAAAAAAAAAUGGAGCAAAAGUGCCUGAAGCCAAGAAUAACACUGUUUCCUGUACACAAGUCUGCAUAAUUUUAUAAUCACUUGAGUUCAUGAAGAGUCGCUCUCCACAUCGCUGAUAUUUUUUUUUGUGAAGAAUGUGCCUAUAUAUAACUAUUAAAAUUUUAUAUU